AUGGAUAUUACCUUUGCACAAAAUGCCUUUCGCAACCCGGGUGCCAUUGCCAUCGAAGAUGGCUCCCAGAAAUGGACCUUUUCAGACCUCCAACACGAAGUGGAUCGACUUUCGUCCAUCCUCAAGUCACUGGAGCUUCCAACCGAAGCGCCUAUCGGAAUUCUCGAGGGCCUAGGUACCGCCAUGAUCAUAGCCCAGCUUGCCGUCAUCCGCGCGAGACUUACCUGUCUGCCUCUGGACCCAUCCCUACCGAAGGCGCGCCUGCGUGGUCUGCUGGAAGAGGUUAGGGUUCAAUAUGUGCUUUCAAACAAUGAAUCCAUAGGGGAUGAGCUUCGGCUAGGUAUCAUCCCCAUCACCGGUCAUCAUACGGACGGAGGGGGCGCCAGACCCCAUGAUCAGACUGAUGAAUUGGACGGUGGGCACAAUGAGGUGGACAGCGGUUACUGUAGUCAUAUCUUAUACACGUCUGGCUCGAGUGGAAAGCCAAAAGCGGUGAAGAUCCCAGAAAGUAGUAUCCUACAUCUAGCCUUCAACACACCAGUCAGCCUACAGAAGUCCGACCGUGUGGCGGUGAUCAACAAUCCGGGUUUCGAUCUUUCUCUUUUUGAAGUUCUAGUCUCCUUAGUUUCAGGGUCGACCCUUGUCAUCGUUCCUCGUCAUGUCAUUACCGAUCCUUUCAUAGCUAGGGAGUUCAUUGCGGAGAAGAAAAUCUCGAUUAUUUUCCUGACAGCAUCUCUCUUCUCAGUCAUCUCCCAGGCAUGUCCCAACGCCUUUAAGGAUGUCCGGCAUGUGCUCACAGCCGGCGAAGUUGCCAAUAUGACAGCCAUGCAGGCCGUCCUCGAAUCUUCCGGGCCGCCAAAGAACCUCUGGAACACAUACGGGCCCACUGAGACAGCUGUAUUUUCGACCAUGCAUCGCGUGACAUUAUCGGAGUUCCAGUACGACAACAUCAGUAUUGGAAAACCUUUUGGGGACACAAAACUACUCCUCCUGGACGGACAGUCCAACAAUAUCACCAAGCCUGGGCAGGUCGGAGAGAUCUUGCUGGGAGGUCCAGGGUUGACCCCUGGCUAUAUCGGCCGCCCGGAAGAAAAUGCGGCGCGUUUUUUCACCUCGGAAGACGGCACCCGAUACUACAGAACCGGAGACCUGGCGCGAUGGCGCCCUGAUGCACCAGGCCUCCUUGAAUUCACCGGCCGUGCGGACCUGCAGGUAAAACAAGGAGGGUUCCGAGUUGAGCUGAAUGAAAUCGAGCAAAGCCUUCUCUCCAGUAAGCAAUUAUCGGGUGCAAUCGUGCUGCAAAUUUGCCCACCCGGUGACAAGGAGCCAUUUCUCGUGGCAUUUAUCAUUCCAGCGAUCGCGAACACUGUUAAAAAGCGGCAACUGGUUGAGUAUAUAGAAAAAAAGUUGCCCAGCUACAUGAUUCCGAAAGACUUUGUGUUUUGCUCUAAGUAUCCGAUAACAGAGCAUGGCAAAGCCGAUCGGAAAGCCCUGAAGGAACGUUACUUGAAAAAAAUGGAGCAGCUCAACACCGAUAGGAACCGGCCUAAUGACAAGAGCCACAACACUGACGGUGUCAUCAAAAGUAUUUGGUCCUCGCUGCUGAAUGUAUCUGAGGUUAAAGACGCAGAUGACUUUUUUCUACUCAAUGGCACCUCGAUUCAGGCGGCCACUAUGAUCACCAAGAUUCGGAAGGAGCUUGGUAAGACCAUCUCGAUGCGCUCUUUGUUCGAAAACUCUCGCUUCAGGGAUCUGGUUAACUACCUUGACGAGUAUGCAGAAGGAGGAAAUGCUCCUGAUGAUACGAAAUCCUGGGGGUCAGAUGCUAAACUUGGUGACAACCUGGACACUGCUCCAGAUUGGCAAGAUGCCAAAGAAGGACGAGUCUUCAUGACUGGCGCCACGGGCUUCAUCGGGGCCCAUUUCAUCAGCCGGUUUCUCCGGAUGCCCACUGUGAACGAGGUAAUCUGCCUUGCACGUCCAAAAGGUAAGGUAUCGGGAAGUGAACGGAUUCAAGGUGCCUUGGAGAAGUACGAUCUCUGGGACAAAUGCUCGAACAGUAUUGCAAAAUUGACCGUUGUGAGUGGUGAUAUCACACUAGACCAACUAGGAUUGGCCGCGGACAAGUUUGAAUGGCUGGUCGAAACGGCCAGCGUUGUCUUCCAUCUUGGGGCGAAGCUCAACUUCUGCGAGCCGUACGAUGCCCACCGUGACGUGAAUGUGAUUGGGACAAAGAAUGUGCUGGAGGUGGCGCUCCAGGGUCGCCGCAAGGCCUUCCACUAUAUGUCCAGCAUCGACACCUGGGGAACAGCCGGGCUGACCCUGGAGACCAAACGCCUCCUCGAGGAUGAGCCGUUAGACCCGUAUCUCCCUGGCCUUCGGUACGAUACCGGGUACGCCGCCAGCAAGUGGGCGGCAGAGGCAGUUGUCCGCCAGGCCCGCCGGCGGGGCCUCCCGACAGUAAUCUAUCGUCCCGGGUUUGUGAUUGGAGAUUCUCGUAACGGAUGCGGCAACCCCGAUGAUUUCUUUGCUCGCCUGAUGGUUGGAACCAUCCAGCUCGGCGCCUUCCCUCACCUGCCUAAUCAACGAAUGGAAUAUGUGACGGUCGACUACGUCUGCGACGCAGCUUUGCACAUUGCAUCCAACAAGAAAAACCUUGGCAAAUCGUUCAGCUUAGUAGCGCCUAACCCUGCCGAUUCGGUGAAUCUGGAGACAACACCCGCGGUCAUCAACAAAGCGGGGUAUCCCGUGAAGACGAUUCCAUACUGGGACUGGGUUCAGCUGCUACAGCAGACGAACAAUGAGAAUAGCCCCCUUAUGCCACUGAUGCCGCUUCUGCAAGAGCCAGUACUAGCAGGGUUGUCCCGUUUUGAGACUAGCCGCAACACACCGCACUAUACUAGCUUCAAUACAGUGGCUGCACUGGAGGAUGCCCCUGAUAUCAGAUAUGUGGCUCUGGAUCCUGCCAUGCUGAAUCGAUUCUUGGAAUUCUGGGAUCGGAAGGGGUUCUACAACGUCCACAGUAACUCGAUUGUAGACAAGGUUAGUUAG